UGUCAUGCUUAUGUCAGCGACGUGUUUCUAAACGAAAAUUUCUCAUAACCCACUUGGAGAGCUUUAUUUUCUUUAUUGUAUUUUUGGUAUGUUUGUGUUGCGUUUUGCCUUAUAUUGUGUGAGGAAAAAGUCUCGUGUAAGCUGAAUAAGUAUUAAAAUGACAUCUUGAGUGAAUAUGUGGUUUAUAAGUGUGUUGUGAACAGUGUGAAAUUAAUGGAGCUGAAGGUCUGGGUCGAGGGAAUACAAAGGAUUGUUUGCGGGGUUACAGAGACCACAACCUGCCAGGAUGUAGUUUACGCGUUAGCCCAUGCUACUGGGAAAGUGGGAAGAUUUACACUGAUAGAGAGAUGGCGAAAUAAUGAGCGGCUGCUAGCUCCCCAAGAGUAUCCACUGAAGAUUCUAAUGAAAUGGGGUGAAUACUCAAAUGAUAUACAGUUCAUACUGAGACGGUCAGACUCUGGUAACAACCAAAAACCUCAGGCAACCAACAGUUCUAGAUCACCUAUAGGAAAUGGUGGCCAUAACACAUCAAAUCCUAACAUACUGGAUUCCCAGAACUCUCCUAAUAGAAUGAACACAACUCCUACGUAUAGCAAUAACAAUGUAAACAACACAUCGCCUGGCAACCCCGUCGGAGUGGUCAAGGGUGUGCAGCAAGCCAAAACACCAGAGUCUGACAGUCCUGUGCUGAAAGAUGUCCCACCUUAUAGAGAACCACCACCGCCAUACCGUUCUCCGCCACCACCAUCCCAAGCAGUGAGAAAGUCUCCAAACCGCAUGCGUUCCAACCGGCCACAACACAUGUCACCUGUCAACCUGCCGGAAGAGCCCCAAGACAACAGGAGCCCCGAGGCAGUCAGCUAUAACAGCCAGUACAGAGAACUUGUGUCGCUGGUCAACUAUCAGAGAGAGAAACUGUCCAGUCAGCAAGUUGAUCUUAUAAAGUAUGAUGCUGAAAUCGGUUUCUGGGAAAACAAGGGUCGGGAGCAAGAACGUCAAGUGGAAUUAUUGCAGCAACAAAUCAGUUCGGCCGACAAUCAGCUGCGGAUCGGUACUGAACAGGUGCAAGCAUUAAACUACGUGGAAGAGGAAAGUGAAAUAGUAAAACAAAAUGAGAAGACGAUAAAGUCUGAAAUUGUUCUGGUGCGCUCGAAGCUAGCUAAUUGUGAAACGGAGUUGUUACAAUGUAAGAACAAGAUCAGAAAGCUCAUGGAGGAGAUACACAAUGAGCAGAGACUUAUUAAUAGUCGCCAGCAGGAAAAUAGGCAAGCGUUGGAACGAUCAAUGCUCGCUGAAAUGGAGAGUUUGCAGAGCCAAAUACAGCAAGCCAAGCACGCCACUGAAAUUAACAAUCUCACCGCCGAGAAUCUCAAGAGAGAGGUUGGAGUCCUAGAAAGCGCCAUAAUGGAGAAGAAGCGUCAGGUGGAGCGGCUGGUGCAGGAGAUGAAGGAAGCCAACCUGCAGAGCCUGACCGGCAGCGUCGACGAGCUGCGACAUCCACUGGAUGGUAAGUUUAUGCAAAGCGGGUAGCGCUCGCCGGAUCAUCGGGUCCCCGCGACAGCUGGAGAACGCCGCGCCCACCAACAAGAACCCACACGGCGUAUGGGUUUAACGUACAAGCAAACAUUCAUACAUGGCCAUUACAAGUUCCCCCUAUUUAUACGCGACGGCCUAAUUUAAGUAGCGAAGAAAUUCUUUAGAUCAAACUAUAUAGAUGUAAUUUUGGCUAGGUUUCUAGGUGUUUUAUCUAAAUAGUUUUUGGUCCAGCUAGUUUUCUUCACGCAUUUAUGAUUUCCAUGUAUUUUAACUACUUAACAUACUGUGGAAUAUUUCUUCAAUUGCGUGGUUUACGCAUAUAGCUUUACAUUUAUCUCUUAUCUAUAUUUCAAAUGUUUGAGUUAGAAACCUAAGCCCCAGUGCUGCUAUAUAGUGCACGAUAUUACUUGUGGUACUUCUAUAUUACGGUAGCGGUUAAUUUAUUAGUAUUUGUGUUCAAAUUAGUGUCAUAUUUAUAAUUAUUAUUUGUCACAAAUUGUUUUAAGUGUGUAUUGGAUUUUUUUGUGUACUUAAAAGUAUCGGCUCGAUAUUUUUAUCUUACACUGAAAGUAUUAUUUUGUCUUGCCGUAUAGUUAACGUUUUUGCGAUAUUGAUUGAUAUUGGAAUUAGAUGGAACAAGUGCAUUCAUAUUGUAGAUCUUAUAUUUGUGUGUUGUGUUUGUUUUUGUGUGAGUAUUUUGAAACUAACAGCACAGUGGAAUUUAUUUGCAUUCAGUUAUCCAUUUCAGUAUCUAGUUUCUAUAUUUUAUCCCAUCUAUUAUUGUGUUCUGGUUGCUGAAGAGAAGUUUAUUAUAUCUUUGAAAUGUGAACAAGGAAUGGAUGUGCUGUAUCGGGGUAAUUUAGUAAAUGUACGGAACGUAUGUUCUUAAGUAUUAUAACUGCGCCAUGAAGUGAACAUGACGUUUUAAUUUACCAUUUGAAACUCUUUUAAACUAUUUAUUUAUAAGUAUGGUACUUCAAUAUAUUAGAAUCUCUGCGAUCUAUGAUUACUGUUAAAUAUCCUGUUAAAAGUAUUUACACUACGAUUAGUUUGCAAUAUAGAGAUACUUAAUUAUAAUAAUAAAUCUAGUCGAAAGUUUAAGCCAUUGCAAUAUUUUAUAAACAAAUAUUAACCUUGAUUUUAGAAGCAUUUUAAUUAAAUAUAAUAAUGGCAUUUAUGACAAAUCAAAUUAUUAAUAUUAUAGCGUAAUAGAUGUAGUAUAUACGGACUACAUAUUUAGAAGUUUAUGAGACUUAUUUCAAGAGUAUAGUAUGUUUUGUUUCCUGCAUGGUAACUAAUUAUAAUUAGAUGAUUUGUGUAUAAUUCAUAUUAUUAUAAGAAAUAAAGGACAUAUUGUAUACUGCA